AUGAGUGGCAAACGGUUCGUCUCUGGCGGUUCCAGUUUGUUCAACUCCAGCAUCGCUAUUGGAAUUAAAUUGGACAUGAACAGUUUACUGGUUUUGUUGUUGUGCGCCUUUUGCUGCAGCGUGAUCGCCAAGCCCCCGACAGCUCGGCGGGCACAGCUGCACGACGAUGUCCAGCUCAUCCAUCCACACAUCAUCACCAUAGAGCGUUUGGAGAGCCUACUCCGGCGUGCUGGCGAAAUCUUUGGCCCGGCCCUAGAGGAAGAUGCCAUGGCGGAGGCCAGUAGUCAGGUGCAGGAGCAAGUGCAGCCCCAGCAGCGAUUGCUACCGCCAACGGAGCAGCCGUAUAACUUCUAUUUACCGCUCUACGACUUCGCGGAGCCCAAGCUGGAUGCCAAAAGCCGAAUGCUGGAGAAGAUUACUCCUCCGCCGCAGAAGACGGAACACAACUACUACGCGGAAAAGCCAAAAAAGAAGCCAAAGAAGUUUAACGCAGCCAACAAGCACAUCAACCUCAAUCUCAAGUGGCUAAACACCUACGAGAGGGCCAUGGGAGGACCAACUGCGCCCAAAGCCAUGUAUCUGGAGCAGGACGAGCGCAACCGCAUAAACUUCGACGACUCUUUCUUUGCGGUGGACAUGCAGGUAAAGAUUCCGGAUAACCAACCUCACAAGGAGUCCGCUGUGCCAACAGAGCUCUUGCAGCAUGGGGAAGAGCAGGCCGAGGAAGAUCUGAUGGCGGCUCCUGCGCAGUUAGCCUUUAACUACAAGUCUCCAGUCCAGGAUCAACGUCGAGCAUAGAUUGGUUUUUUUUAUAGGUUUUAGUCAGUUAUAUAAAAAU